AUUACUUUUAUUCUAUUUUCAUAGCCGUAAAUUGAUAAAAAAAAAAACCAAAAAAAUUCUCCUCGUUUCGCUCUUAAUGGUACACGCGGCGUGACGGUGACCCGUGAACACACACACUCAUACAUAUACACACACACACACACACACACACACACAAACACACACACACACACACACAAACAUACACGCGAACAUAUAUACACACACGUUCACGCCGGAGAGAAACAACGACGACGGGUCGAAGACGACGACAAGUGUCGAACAGGAGUAGCAGCACAUCGUCACCGUGGCGAAAGAGGAUCGCGUCAGUCCAGUAAUGUCGAACAACAGCCAGAAGCUGCCCACCACUGAGCGGGUUAUAAAAAGCGUACCGUUUCCACCGGGACGGAAGUUGACCACGGCCGAAGUAUGGGACCAGAGGACGAAUAAACCUCGGCCGGACAUAUUGAAACAGCAUUUCAUCCUAGAAGGUCGGAUAGAUGAAGCGGCUGCGUUGCGCAUCGUUAACGAGGGUGCGUCGCUUCUCAGAUCCGAAAAGACCAUGAUAGACAUCGAAGCUCCCGUUACCGUUUGUGGCGAUAUACACGGUCAGUUCUACGACCUAAUGAAGUUGUUUGAAGUCGGUGGUCCUCCUGCGACUACAAAAUACCUAUUCCUGGGCGACUACGUGGACAGAGGGUAUUUCAGUAUAGAGUGUGUGCUUUAUUUGUGGGCUUUGAAGUUGUGCCAUCCCACUACAUUAUUUCUAUUAAGAGGAAACCACGAAUGUAGACAUCUAACCGAAUACUUCACAUUUAAACAAGAAUGUAAAAUAAAAUAUUCUGAGCGAGUAUACGACGCUUGUAUGGAGGCAUUUGAUUGUCUGCCACUCGCUGCGCUCAUGAAUCAACAAUUCCUAUGUGUUCACGGCGGACUCUCGCCAGAAAUACAUAAUCUGGAUGAUAUUAGAAGGUUGGAUCGAUUCAAAGAACCGCCAGCUUUCGGUCCUAUGUGUGAUCUUCUUUGGUCCGAUCCGCUAGAAGAUUUCGGCAGCGAAAAGAAUGCCGAACAUUUCAGUCAUAAUAGCGUUAGAGGCUGUUCGUAUUUUUACAGUUAUGCCGCAUGCUGUGAUUUUCUUCAGAGCAACAAUUUACUCUCCAUCAUAAGAGCACAUGAAGCUCAAGACGCAGGAUACCGAAUGUAUAGAAAAAGUCAAACGACUGGUUUUCCAUCUUUAAUCACUAUUUUCUCCGCGCCCAACUACUUAGAUGUAUACAAUAACAAAGCUGCCGUUUUAAAAUAUGAAAAUAAUGUAAUGAACAUCAGACAAUUCAACUGUUCACCACACCCGUACUGGUUGCCAAACUUUAUGGAUGUAUUUACCUGGUCUUUGCCAUUCGUCGGCGAGAAAGUUACCGAGAUGUUAGUGAAUCUAUUGAAUAUUUGUUCGGAUGAUGAACUAAUGACCGAAGGAGAAGAUACACUUGAAGACGCUGAUGCCAUUGUUGUUAAACCGAUAGUUCCGAAAAUACCCGUUACUGCAGCCAAUUUGAGGAAAGAAGUGAUCAGGAAUAAAAUACGAGCAAUUGGAAAAAUGGCAAGAGUUUUCUCCGUUUUGAGGGAAGAAAGUGAAAGCGUAUUGCAGCUGAAAGGAUUAACGCCUACCGGUGCCCUGCCUCUAGGAGCGCUGUCCGGCGGCAAAACAUCGCUUAAGAACGCGCUGCAAGGUUUCUCGCCCAACCACAAGAUCACAUCGUUCGCCGAGGCCAAAGGCCUGGACGCGAUCAACGAACGGAUGCCACCACGCAAAGACACUCCGCCGUCGAACCAGUGCUCGCCGUCGAAUGUAGCCGCGACGUCGUCUGCAACGACACCCGCCGUAACGCCGGUGAUCGAAGAGAAAACGCCAUCCGCGCCGUCGUCGUCGGCCACUCAGAAAACAACAUCGUCGGAACAACAACCACCGUUACCGAACACCACUCAUUCAUGAUCACCAUCGGUUUAGAUUUCAGAUGACCUAUCCAGGACCUAUCUACUAUUAUUUCCUUACUAUUACAGUCUACAAUUUAUUCAGUUCAAUAUCUAUACUACGAUUAUAAUAAUAUAUAUUCAUCACGAUGAUAA